GAACUUUUCAAAGCCGGCAUGACUCACUGAACGGUGAGAAUAUCACAAAGUGUACAGGCAGCUGUGUUCACAGGGCUGUUUGAAACUGACAGUUCACUUUUCAGUGGAAGUGUUAUGACCAGGGAAGAAGGUUACAGAGAAGAAUUUAGCUAUGACAGGAUGCCAACUUUGGAGCGGGGAAAACAAGAGAAUGGAAAUUAUAUACCAGAUAUCAAAUCCAGUGACCUUCAGCUGUCAAAGAGGCUGCAUCCUUGCUUUAGUUACAAAACAUGGAUAUUUUCUUUGCUGAUGGGAACUUGCCUCCUUAUUACUUCUGGAUUUUCACUAUAUCUGGGAAAUAUUUUUCCAUCUGAAAUGGAUUAUUUACGUUGUGCAGCAGGUUCAUGUAUUCCUUCAGCAGUUGUGAGCUUUGCUAUAGCAAGGAAUAAAAUUAAUGUGAUACCAAAUUUUCAGAUUCUCUUUGUCUCUACAUUUGCUGUUACAACGACGUGUUUAGUUUGGUUUGGAUGCAAACUUGUCCUCAAUCCAUCAGCUAUAAAUAUAAAUUUCAACUUGAUUCUACUUAUUCUGCUGGAAAUCUUCAUGGCAACUACUGUGAUCAUUUCAGCUAGGUCUACUGAAGACUGCUGUGCAAGAAAGAAAAAUGCUGCACACGACAGUGCCGUUGUUUUGAGCAAUGUCAGCUUUCCUGCUCGAAUUCUGAAGUCAUACUCAGUAAUUGAGGUGAUUAUUGGAAUUUCAUCAGUAUUUGGUGGAAUAAUUGCUUUGAAUAUGGAUGUUCUAGUCUCAGGUCCAUACCUCUCAGUAACAUUCUUUUGGAUCUUAGUUGCUUGCUUUCCAAGUGCUAUUGCAAGUCAUGUAGCUGCUGAAUAUCCAAGUAAAUGUCUGGUUGAGGUCCUGAUUGCCAUUAGCAGUGUUACCUCUCCUUUGUUGUUCACUGCUUCUGCAUAUUUAUCCUUCAGUAUCAUGCAAGUUGUUGACAUCUUUAAAAGUUAUCCACCUGCUGUUAAACAAUCCUAUGAUGUACUCCUGUUGCUUCUGAUGUUGAUGCUGCUAAUUCAGGCAUGCCUUACUAUUGGAACCGUAAUACAGUGUGUGAAUUACAAGACAAAAAUGAAGCUACAAGAUUCAGCAUGGACACCAUCACAGGUUAAAAAACAGGAAUACAGAACAACAGAGGUUUCCAAUAAUACCUUAAAGGAUUUUGACAAAGAUAAAGCUUGGAAAGCAGUUGUGGUGCAGAUGGCUCAGUAGUUUGGAUUCUACAAAUGCAGCCAACACAGCACAAUCCAAUAAAAUAAAUCAACUGUUUGAAUGAAGGUUUAAAAACUUACAUUUUUAAACAGCGCUAUAGUUGCAGCAGUAGGAGCCAUGGAAUAACACAGUAAAUGAUGUAUCUUUCUAAUAAUUUUAAAUUUUGUUGAUAAUAUUUUUAAUACAUCUGUCUUUUCUGUUGGUAUCUGUAGCCUAGUAUUUAGAAGAUACCUUUAGAAAAAGGUAAUGAGUCACAUGGAUUUAUGCUGAUGGCAAAGUAAAAUAUUGCAAUAUGUAGUAGGCUUCAUAUAUGAGAUUGUUGUAACUGCAGUUAUGCAGUCAGUGUGACUGAUAAAUGCUUUUGUAAAGUUAUGAGUACAAGUCAUAAUUGAUGUUUUUGCUUAUACUUCACUUUUGUAGGAGUUGUAAAGUGUUCUGCAUCUUAUUGCUUUUAUAUAAAUAAAAGUCUUUAUUAUGUGGAAA